AUGGAAGUAGGCGGCUUCGCAGUAGGAGCCGUUGCCCUCGCCAGCCUCUUCAAAGAUUGUGCCGAUCUUUAUUCCAUGUUCACGUCGGCACAGAACCUGGAUAAAGAUGCGGCCACACUACAAGCAAAGCUAGAAAUUGAAGAAACAGUGUUUCUCAGGUGGCCGGAGCGAGUUGGCUUGUUCAAGCAAGACCAGGACCAAAACGAAGCCAUAUUCAGCGAUGCACACACUCGGCGUCUCAUCAUGCUAACUUUGGAGCAAAUGAGAGAUCUCCUAAGUGAUGGAAACAAACUACGAAAACUUUAUGGUGUGAAAAGCAUCACCCCUGCGAAAGAAUCCAACUCAAGCUUAGCAUCAAACGAUGUUCAUGGGCGUAUCAGCGCACGUCGACGAUUGCAAUUUGAUUCGGACUUUCGAGGUAUGAAUAUCAAAGACGUGUUCAAAACAAGUCGUAUAUCAAUGCUUGACAAUUUCGCCAAACAAAUCACCUGGGUCAUUGGUGAUAAACAAAAGUUUCAUCAGCUCAUCUCGGAUCUCACGUACUUUAACAGGAGACUAGUCGAGUUGACUCCCGGAUCUACUCCCGCGUUGACUGCGAAUGACCUCUGUCAUAUACGCAACAUCGAAAAAUUCGAUGUCAUUGUGGAGGCAUUGCAAAACAAUCACUCUCACCAGAGUGCAGUCAUCGAAGCCCGGUCGAAUGCCAUACAGUCCCGCAUACUAGAUACGCUCUGGUUCCGGUGGCAUGAUGACAGGAGACUCACGGUCAAGGACGCACACAAAAAGACAUUCCGCUGGAGUCUCGACUCGUCGGCCGAGGAUUGUACAUGGCAGCAUCUUCCUACUUGGCUGAAAAGCAACUCUGGGAUAUACUGGCUCGCAGGCAAAGCUGGAAGUGGGAAAUCAACGUUGAUGAAAUUCAUCCAUAGUGAUGAGCGCACAAUGGACUAUCUCGAAGCCUGGUCUGGCGACUCGGAUCUCGUCGUUGCCAAUUUCUUCUUCUUCGCCCAAGGAUACCCUGAGCAAAAGUCGCAGGUUGGGCUACUGAGGAGCCUCCUCCACCAACUACUGAGCCAUGACGCUACUUUGGCUGAGAUUGUCCUUCCAAAUGCCUGGAGAGAAGCAUCCCGUGAGAAUCAGAAGAAGCAAGAGGGCCUAACAAUGCCAUCCAUCGCGGAAAUGGAGAAGGCAUUGGAGGACAUAUGCAACUUGUACCGAGCCACCAAGAAGAUAUUUUUCCUCAUUGACGGUAUUGACGAGUACGAAGGCAAUGAUAUUGAUGUUGCCGCUUUGAUGUCCGCCCUUGGGGCAUUUUCGAACGUCAAGAUUCUCGUUUCAAGCAGACCCCAUGAUUCGCUUGUCGCGGCAUUCAGAGAAUCGCCCAGGAUGAAUCUUCCGGACUUGACAGAACGAGAUAUUUCCCAUUAUGUUUACGACACCGUCGCCUAUCACCCUUACAUGAUACAACUUUCUGCAAUGAAUCCGGAGACAGUUGAACUUAUAACAAAAUCCAUCGUGGAAAGAGCUUCUGGCGUCUUCCUCUGGGUUGUCCUAGUCUGUCGAUCCGUCAUCGAGGGCUGCGACGCUUUUGAAACAGCUUCAGACCUUCAAUCACGCGUUGACGAGUCUCCCAAAGAGAUCGAGGAAUUAUUGAAUCACAUUCUACAAACGAUUGAUCCACGCUGGGAGGAUGAAGCGAUGAAAAUCAUGUAUUUGGUGCAUACGAAUCAAUCGUGUGGAAUGGCUCCUCCUCUAUCGACACUGGGCUUAUCGCUCAUUUGCGAGCAGGGGUACAUUUCAGACAUGCACUCAUCAGAGAUUCGAGCCCGGGAGCCGUUUACAACAAAGGACACAGAUCCCAGAUGUUCCACGAUGGAAGGAAGGCUACGAAGCAGAUGCCGUGGCCUUGUCGAGGUCAAUCGAGUCAUGAGAGAUAAAGACAGGCGUCGGUUUUUCGGUGGUAAUGACGAAAACAAGGAGAGCGAGUCCAUUCUGAUGUCCAGUGUCGAGUUCAUGCAUCGGACUGUCUAUGACUUUCUUUCGCAACCAUGCAAUUUCAACCGCUGGUUUGGAAAGAUCACGCAGCAAGGCUUUAAUGCUUAUUUCGUUUUGUGCAAUCUAUGGUGCCAACUCAUCCCGACAUUCCAACAAAACAAGGCUGUCGAGCGAAUGCAUUGUCUCUUCGGCGCCGUUUCUAUCACGAUCUAUGGUAAUUACAAAGGAUGUGCACUCGAGGUUAUUUUCCAUUGUUUUUCAAGGAUCCAAUACAUUUGUGGCAUGUAUCUGAUCGAUGAUAACCUUCCAAAAGCGGCAAAAUACUUCGUCCAUGAUAGGAAUUGCCGACAGUACUACAGCGACAUCUCGGUUAUACUGGCUCUGGCUGCCGAAUGCUCGGUGCGAAAGACAAUCGAAUUCGUGUACGAGACUGAGAUUCCGCUGCAUAGUCUCUUAUAUCAGCCACCUAGUUUGGAAUCACUGAGAAAUUGCGAGCAUGAGCAAGAUAAGCGCCGAGCACGGAGUUUUCGUGACUAG